GUCAUUCGGCAACCCAAGAGGGAAAGCGAGAAGGGGCAGUGGUGGGUGACGACGCGUCAAGCUUCCUGGCGAACAGCUCCAAGUGAAGUGGGCUACAGGAUUGACUUGUUUCCACCUGGAUGGCACGUGCAGGAGGCACCCUGGCCCCAGGAGCCCGUGGAAGGCUGGCUCCCCGUGGUACCCCGUGGCUUCGUGAAAGCGAGUGAGCUGGCGCCGGCGGAGGACUUCCUCAUGAUGCAUGCUUCGGCCUUGCAGUGCGGGGGGCGUAUCGUCGUCGUGGGGUUGUUCCUUGCGAGCAGAGUUGUUUUUGAAUCGCACGAGCUGCCCGAAGCGAACGUGCUAGGUGGUGUAAAGGAGGUUCCAUGGAAGGCCUCCCCGUCCCUGCCAGGACCAGCCGUCUGCUGCAAGCGCGCGGGCGGCAUUGCUAGCUCUGCGAGAGGUUUGCGGGAAGCCAACAUACAGCUCCGAGAGCGAGAGCUUAAGAAAAGGCAGGAUCUUGACAGCCUGAGCCGUGCCCGCGAUCUGACAGCGAAAGAGUUGACAACGGUCCAGGCAGAGCUGAGUUCAAGCAAGCAGGACCUGGAGUAUGCGCACGAGGAGCUGCGAGUGCUGCAAAAGAAACUGGAGCUCUGUCGCGAGGCUGUCGUGACAGCUGUGAAGAGCAUAGAUGCAGUGUACGAGGAGGUGCCUGACGAGGAUGGGAAGGAUGCCAACCUCAGGGACGAGGCCAAGCAAAAGGCGGCCAAUGCCAUGGACGCCGACAAGGCCAUCUCGGAGCUUCUGGCAGUUGUGGGCAAUCCAGCAACGAUCUUGCCGGAGGUGGUCGAGGAGAAGUACAAGACUUGUGGGGAGAAUGCGGAUUGCGGAGCCAGCCCGGCUAUAGAGAAGUUGCUGGAGAUGAAGGUGCGCUGCAGUCCGACCAAACAGCCCGGAGACCAGCGAGCACCGCUGCGAGAUCUCAACCGAGCCUAA